AUGGACGUGGGCGAUCUGUCGAAUGCCGCAGGAUUGGCUGCCAGUGGAGCCGCCGUUUUCGGUCCCGCCACUACUUCUGCCUCUCGAUUCUCAAACAGAAACACUGUUAAUAUUAACAUUGACAACAAUAACAGUAAUAAUUUUAUCGACAACGGUAAUCCUGACAGCGGUGGUCAGGUCGGGGCCAGCUUUCACCCUAGCGCUGGAUGGUGGACUCCAAGCUCGACGCUGGUCACGGCACCCGCAAACGCCGACGUGAUGAAUCAGUUGUGCCGAGUAUGCGGUGAGCCGGCGGCAGGUUUCCACUUCGGAGCAUUCACAUGUGAGGGUUGUAAGUCAUUUUUCGGGCGGACUUACAACAACCUGGGAAGCAUCUCCGAGUGUAAGAACGGCGGGGUGUGCGUAAUAAACAAGAAGAACCGAACAGCCUGCAAAGCUUGUCGUUUGAGAAAAUGCCUGAUGGUGGGAAUGUCAAAGUCGGGAUCAAGAUACGGACGACGCUCCAAUUGGUUCAAGAUCCACUGUCUCUUACAAGAGCAGUCGCACCAGGCUCAACAACGGCUCAAGGAGUCGACGAAGCUGCCCUUCGACAAGGUUGCUUCCCUAGACGCUGCUAACAACAACACCAACAACAAUAACAACAACAACAACAACAACAACAAUAGCAAUUUCGCUGCAGCUUCAGGAUUGGGGAUGCCGGAUCGCAAGGAGGAUCCAAUCUUGUCACCAAGACUGCCUCCAAGACCGGAUCUGCUACCCCACGAGCUUCUGAGACCGGAAAUAACGCGAUUCCCCCUCUGGCGAGGACCUCCCUUUUUUCACCCCCUUUCGCCAAUGCAGCUGCUGAACACCCCGUUCUUUCCGUUCCAGCAGCGAUUUAUGGUGCCUUACAUCAACAACCAGGCGAGUCAGCAAGUUCCGGUAACCAGCUUGUCCAGUUCUUCCAGCGAAAGCGUCUCGCCUCGCUCCACUCCUUCUCCGAAAGAGUUUCUGAUCGAAAAAUCGGAAGCCAGCAGUCCACCGACUGUCGGUGACAAAGGACUCGCUUUUCUGAGGUCUCUUGGUCCAGAACAGGAGGAACCGAUGGACCUCAGCAGGAAAAGCUCAGAAGUGAAGGACAUCCUCGACGAAAGCUGUGAUUCUGACGACAGUGUCGAUGAAAAACCUGUAAUUGCGGAUAACCUUCAAGAAAAAGUCUCCACUGACGCUAAUCCGCCUUUAGACCUCAGUUGGAAGACUUGA